AUGUCUGCACCAACUGUUCUCGAUUAUGCCCGUUUCCAUAGCCUGGCUAUCGACCACACUUCAGUAGAUAUCCUAGAGAACAUUUCCCAACUACCACUCCGAGCCAUUGAGGAUAGCCAACAGCUGCCAGACCCAGAUUUCUCAGUUUUUGCUGACAACAUCGCAGAGCCGAAGUUCCAGCUCACCCGCCAUGCAGGCAGCUUGUUGGCUCAGAGCAUCGAAGAUCCUCGCUCUGUCGUGAAUUGGAGGAACUUCCUGCCGGAACGGCACCGUGUACGAAACUUGAAACUUGAAAAACCAUUGCUUGCAGGGGACCACGAGGCAGAUGUGCACCGUUUCAAACGUGAUGCAGCGAGCCACAUCGACCCCGAACACCUCUUUGAGACUUGUUCUCUGAUCAGUUCAGUGUCAGGACAGGACUUCGAGGAUGAGUGGAACGACAUCGAAUCUGGUCAGGCUCUGAGAGAUGUCGAACAAAUGCUGGAAGAUGAGAAAUGCCAUACUACGAAAGAGGCGCUGGUGCAUUUGUCCGCCUCGCUGAAGGACACUUUGAGCGCGGGCACAAAGGCCACAAUAUUCGACAGCCUUGUCCCUGUGAAACCACGACCGAGAUCUCUCACACCCUUGUUGAUGCCAGAGUCGCCAGUGCCGCAAGCCCCGUCUUCUCCCGACCUAGACUUCCCUCUACGAUCGGAAGAAGACAUUGAUCUUGACAGUCUUUUGCUUCAGCUUGAGAGGGAGAUGCAAGAGCAAGACCAGAUACCAUCCGAAGGAGUCGACGAAGCGGGUACAACGGUAGCCAAACAAGUGCUUGAAGAGAUUCAGAACGCGACGCAACUGGAGGUCGAAGCGGAGCUGCGAAUGGAAGCGGUCUGUGCAUCACUCGAUGAGCGUCGGCAGGAGAGAAAAGACCUCAAAAGUCUGCAGCUUGAUGUGCCAAUGCUCUCAUCCACUUCGCAAUCCGAGCAAUCAAGCGAACAAGAAGAUGAAUUGCCAUCCCCCGUGGACCAUAAACGAGCUCCUUUGGCCCCAGCCUCUACAGUCACUGCACCAAAUAACCCCAGCGUCGAGAUUAAACUGGAUGCAAUAACAACAGGAUGUGCAGUCAGCAACGGGAACCAACCUUCCCUCGAAGAGGUGCUGUCCUCUACAAUGAUGACGUCUGAAGAGGAUGGUUUUAAUGCGAUAGAAGGUGAUCUGGAUGAAGAGCUGAUCAAAUUCGUCAAGAAUGCAGAGAAAGAGAUAGAUGCUCGCUUGAGAGGUGACAAGAUUAGCAUACCAGAGAAGUGCUUGAAACAACCAGUGCCUCCACUGGAACCUUUCUUUGCCCGAUCUGCGCGUGACUUACAAGAGGUCGAGCUUCUCAUGCGCAAAUUUGAUGAGAUGUUCAUGGUGACCCCGAGUAUGGGACACUUGCAGACUGACAUGAAGCUCAAUUGGUCUCCCUUCCCGCCCGGAUUCACAAAGCUGGACCUUGCCGACAAUAUCGAGGAUGAUGGCAGUCUUUGCAGACUGGUGAAUCUACCGCAAGGAGUUACCAGGAGCGAGCAACUGCUUUGGAAACCACCUGGUCUACGCAUCCUUGACACAGAUGACGAGAGUGACAGCGAAAUAGAAGAGGACCUUUCCUUGCACGAAGACAUAUCCAAACUGGUCGAGCCCAUCGUUCCAGGGAAGAGACUCAAUCUUGAGUCAGACUCCAGCCAGGAGAUGGCAUCCAAGAAGUCUUGCACGUUGUAUCCCAGUAACGUCCAGAAUUUGGUGCCAAACAAGACCGCCCGUGCAUUGAACGGUUUCUCAACCUCCAAUGCGUUGGAAGCAUACCUUGACCUACGAGGGGCCAAGUUCAAGAGAGCUGCACCACCGCAACCACCUUCGGCAAACGAACUCGCAGACGAUCCAAUCCAGGCGACCCAAUCUGAAGAAGGGAAUCGUCCCAAUUUGGUUCGCGAUUUGCUCUCCCAGCCAUCAGAACCAAUGACCGGGAUGAACCCAUGCACCGUCCAGGUACCGUCAACCCCGAUCAAAACUGCACACACCAGUGGCAACGACGAUCUCCACCGCCUCAUGGAGCCGAAAUGGCCAAGAACAAUUUUGGUUGAGACAGCCACUCUCGGGAGAUAUCGUUCGCUUGUCAGUUUUCUGGAGGUAAAUGGAGGCGACCGACUUAACAUGGUAUACCGGGAAAUGACCAGACCCGACCGCAGUGCGCCUCAUUCUGCGUCCCCCGACAUCAUUUUGAAUCCGAGAACGGCCAUCGUGUUCACGAAUUUACAGGCUUUGCACCAGAAAAGCCUUCCCGGACAAGGGGUACAAGCAGGUCAAGGCAUAGUUCAGAGCAGAGUCCUGAGGCUCGCACAUGACUAUACGCAACUGUUCAUUAUGGUAGCCAUGAAUGGUGUUGAGGAUAGCUUGCUGCCGCCACAAAUUGACACAAUUACUACUUUUGCAGGUUUUUGUGCAAAUAUUUCUAGCCGCCACGGCCUCCGCGUGCAACCCCUCUGGGUCUCGUCAAGAUACGGACCUCAAUCAGUCGAGACGGCUCUUUGCAGGCUGACCUGGAACGUGGUUUGCUGUCACGGAUUUCCGGAUACCGACCCGUCCCAGUCCCUGCACCCGAGAGUAGAAACAGCAAACCUCAUCAACGAAGAGACUCUCUGGGAGAAAUUCCUAAGAAAAGCCGGACUCAAUCCUAUGGCAGCCCAGGUUGUCCUUGGAAGAUUGAGGAAAGCUGGCCCACUUCAAAACACACUUGACCAGAGUUGGGGACUGAGGAGGUUCGUGGAGAUGCUUCCUGACGAGCGCAUGGACAUGUUUGCCGAGACACUAGGGCGAAGAGCACUCGGGAGGAUUAAUGCCGUACUUGAGAAAAAUUGGGGCUGGAGAUGA